AUGUUUUUAUUAACAAUUACAUUUACUAUUCUCUUUUUAUUUGGAAGUGUAUAUUCAAGACCUGGAUAUGGUAGACCCCCAAUGCCUGAGCCAAUGCCCAUGGGUGGUGGAUAUGGAGGAGGUUAUGGAAUGGGAGGUGGUAUGCAAAUGGGAGGGGGUAUGCCAAUGGGAGGGGGUAUGCCGAUGGGAGGUGGUGGAUAUGGUGGUGGUGGAGGCUAUGGAAAACGUUAA